AAUACUAUAUAGCAUAUACCAAAACUCUGGUGCAUCAUUGGAUCGGAGAAAAGGUCCGGACUUGAGGCUCGUUACGCCGGCGAAGACUCAUCGGAAACUAUUCAGAUCAGACGGAAGAAGGAGGGCUCGAUGAAGAGCAGAUUGAAGAGCUACAAGAGGAAGAAGCUAGGGUUAGCCACAGUCAUCAUCUUCUGUUCACUCUGUUUCCUCAUCGGGUUCUACGGUUCCACUCUACUGUCUCAGAAUGUGCCUGGAGUUAGACCCAGGUUGAGAAUGUUGGAGAUGGUGGAAAAUGGAGAAGAAGAAGCUGGCUUGAUGCCUCAUGGUGUUACUGGAGAGGAAUCUGUCGGAUCGAUCCCAUUUCAGGUACUGAGUUGGAAACCUAGGGCUAUAUAUUUUCCGAAUUUUGCAAGUGCAGAACAAUGCCAAACUAUAAUUGAGAGGGCCAAGAUUAAUCUGAAGCCUUCUGCUUUGGCUCUCCGGAAAGGAGAAACUGCUGAGAGCACUAAAGGCACUAGAACAAGCUCAGGAACUUUUAUCAGUGCUUCAGAAGAGAGUACUGGUGCUCUGGAUUUUGUCGAAAGGAAAAUUGCAAGAGCUACGAUGAUCCCAAGGACCCAUGGAGAGGCAUUCAAUAUUUUACGGUAUGAACUUGGCCAAAAGUAUGAUUCCCACUAUGAUGUUUUCAACCCAACAGAAUACGGACCACAACCAAGCCAAAGGAUUGCUUCCUUCUUGUUGUACCUAUCUGAUGUAGAAGAAGGUGGCGAAACCAUGUUCCCAUUUGAGAACGGUGCUAAUAUGGGCAGCGGAUAUGAUUACAAGAAAUGUGUCGGGCUUAAAGUAAAGCCUCGCAGAGGAGAUGGUCUUCUAUUUUAUUCCGUGUUUCCAAAUGGAACGAUUGAUCAGACUUCGCUUCACGGGAGUUGCCCGGUGACUAAAGGAGAGAAAUGGGUAGCAACUAAGUGGAUAAGAGACCAAGAACAGCAAGACUAACUGUCUUUUCUUACCAUAUAUCUCACAGCUUCUAUCUUUUGAGAAUGGAUCCAUUAUGUACAGUUCUUCGCCAAAACAGUGUAACUAUUGAGUUUCCUUAUAAUGUGAAUGAUACGGAGCUUAAACCCAUUGAAGGUUAUACUUUUA